UCUUUUCUUCCCUCACAUGUUUGUGUCUCAUAUUUGCUUUCCCUUUCUACCCUAGCUCGAGCUCCCAGCUAUGGCGAUGGGGAAGAGCGCCCUGGCUGUCCUGCUGCUAUCUCUUGCCAUUGCGAGCGCUGCCGCUGCGUCCUCGCAGAAAUUCGACUCCGGGAUCCGGGAGGUCACCGACACAGCGCGCGACGAAUCGAAUGGCCGAUUGGACGCUGCCAAGGCGCUACUCGAUGUGGAGACUCAUUUCAAGAGCUUCAUCGCGAGGUUUGGCAAGGCGUACGCCACGGCGGAGGCCUACGCGCACCGGCUCAAGGUUUUCGAGGCCAAUCUCGUGCGCGCCGUGAGCCACCAGGCGCUGGAUCCCUCGGCCGUGCACGGCAUUACGCAGUUCUCGGAUCUCACCGAGGAGGAAUUCAAGCAGCAGUUUCUAGGGCUGAGGGUUCCAUCGCGUCUCCGGGAGGCCAACAAGGCGCCUGUUCUUCCCACCAACGAUUUGCCGGAGGAUUUCGACUGGAGAGAGCACGGUGCCGUGACCGAGGUCAAAAAUCAGGGCGCGUGCGGCUCUUGCUGGGCGUUUAGUACCACUGGAGCGAUCGAAGGGGCGCACUUUCUGGAAACCGGAAAGCUCAUCAGCUUGAGCGAGCAGCAGCUGGUGGACUGUGAUCACUCGUGCGACCCCACCGACAAAGUUUCCUGUGAUGCUGGCUGCAAUGGCGGGCUCAUGACAAACGCUUACGACUACGUCAUGAAAUCCGGGGGCUUGGAGACGGAGACCGACUAUCCUUACACCGGCAAUAGCAACGGUAAGUGCCAGUUCAAUGCCAACAAAAUCGUGGCAAGCGUCGCAAACUUCUCCACCGUAUCUCUGGACGAGGAUCAAAUCGCUGCCAAUCUGGUGAAGCACGGCCCUCUUGCAAUUGGUAUCAACGCAGUGUUUAUGCAAACUUACAUCGGAGGAGUGUCCUGCCCGAUCAUUUGCAGCAAGCACCACAUCGAUCACGGCGUUUUGCUCGUCGGCUACGGUGCCAAAGGCUACGCUCCCAUCAGAUUCACCGAGAAGCCUUACUGGAUCAUCAAGAACUCGUGGGGAGCUACCUGGGGCGAGCAGGGAUACUACAAGAUUUGCCGGGGCCAUGGAAUGUGUGGGAUGAACACAAUGGUGUCCACCGUCGCGUAAGAGAGCUCCAUAGCUCAUAUCAAUGUAAAUACAUUAACUAUUAUCUAUCUAAACCACCAGGAUACCGUACUUUACGUACGAAAAUAAACACGGAAUGGAUAUUCUUCUUA